CAGACUAUCCUGUCACUAUUAGGCUACUCUAACUCAUAACGCAGGCCGUAGCUGUGACUACAUGCACACUAUCUUUGGAUAAAAAGCUUCUGUGUCUAUGUGAAAUAAAACCAUGGGAUGUGUUCUUAAACUUUCAAUGUUGCUCAUCUGUCUUCCCUUAUCAACCACCCUUACCCAUCGCCUCCAGUACUUCUACACUGCUACAUCAGGAGUCCCACACAUUCCAGAGUUUAUAAGCGUUGGGAUGGUGGAUGGUGUGGAUUUCAGUUACUAUGACAACAUCAAUAAGAGGAGUGUACCCAGGCAGACGUGGAUGGAGCAAAUAAAUGAGGAGGAUCCGGAUUACUGGGGUUCAGAAACACACCUGGCUACGAUGUAUGAGCAGAUCUUCAGGAAGAACAUUGAAAUUUUAGGGAAGCGCUUUAAUCAUACUGGAGGAGUGCAUGUCUUGCAGAAGACGUAUGGCUGUCAGUGGGAUGAUAACACUGGAGCCACUGAUGGUCAUGAAGCACUUGGUUAUGAUGGAGAGGACUUCCUCAUACUAGACCUGGAGAACAUGAGAUGGAUUGCAGUAGUGCCACAGGCCGUCCCAAGCAAACUAAAGUGGGACAAUACAGAGCAUUUUCUAAACAGGGACGUUUAUUUCAAAGAGACGUGUGUUGAAUGGCUGAAGAGAUAUGUUGAUUAUGGGAGCAGCACUCUGGAGAGGAAAGUCCCCCCAGAUGUCUCUGUGUUCCAGAGGAACUCCUCAGCGGUGUGCCACGCUACAGGUUUCUACCCUGAGGGAGUGGUGAUCACCUGGAAGAGAGAUGGAGAGGAGAUGCAGGAGGAUGUGGAUGUGGGGGAGACGCUGCCCAAUAUGGAUGGAACAUUCCAGAAGAGAGCUGUGCUCACCGUGUCACCUGAGAGGAGGAAGAGCCAGUACACCUGUGAGGUGGAACACAUCAGUAGAGAGCCCAUCAUCAGGACCCUGAGUGAGGAAGAUGGAAAAUUCCAAUACCAUACCAUCACAUUAAUUAUUAUUGGUGGUGUUGUGAUUGUCAUUGUGAUUGCUGUGAAGACAUGCUGUGAACAAGGCGACAACAAGACACAACGAAACACAACUAGAUCAAGAAAGGAACGGAACAAAAAGCAUACAGCAGACAUAUUCUUGAUAUGCUGUAGACAAGACAUAUGUAGAUUAGAUGAUUGGGAAGACAAAAGAUUAUUGAAUGAAGAAGAACAAAACAAAAAGCAUACAGCAGACACAUUCUUGAUAUGCUGUAGACAAGACAUACAUAGAUUAGAUUAUUGGAAAGACACAAGACUAUUGAAUGAAGAGGAACAAAACAAAAAGUAUACAAUAAUAUACUUAUACCGUAUACUCUCGAUACAGCUUGUAUGGAAGUGUAGACAAGAUAUACAUGGAUUAGAUUAUUAGGAACACAAACUUCUUUCUUUGUGUAGCAGGACGAAGACUGCUUAGUUCUAAAUGGCUAGCAAUUAACUUGCUCUCCUUAACCCGCCCCUCUGCUUUAUUGCUUGCACCUGAAAAGGCGGUCACAUCCUUAUAAAGGGGGUGGAAGAGAGGCCAUGUUGGAAUGGGUCUGUUAGAUGCGUGAUCCCCGGACGGCUCUCACCCCAGCUUUUAUGGGCUCUGUCCCAAGCAAUUGGUCAGUACUAUGGCUGUUUUGCAACAAGCCAGCGAUUAGAUUCACUCGCCCUGUGCACUGGAUCUGCUCUGGUCAUCAAGGACUGCUAGGAGCACCCUGCCCCGUGGUGCCUGCUCCCUUGUUAUUUGUACUCCAUGUUGACCAAAGUGGCCUGAGCUCGGGUGGAAGCGGACAGACGAGGCUGCUCUGUUUCGGCGCUUUUAUCAACACUGUAUGUGUGUGUGUGUGUGUGUGCGCACAUGUUGCAUGUGCUGGCCUGGGCUCUCCACCCUCCCGGCGACAUCCCAGCGGCAGCCAGUGAAGUGUGUGUGUGUGUGUGUGUGUGUGUGUGUGUGUGUGUGUGUGUGUGUGUGUGUGUGUGUGUGUGCGCUCCAAGGAGCAAAACAUUACACACAAUGUCUGCUUCACCCUUUUUGCAAAACAUUACACACAGUGAUUUGUAAAACUCUACACACAUUUCCACACCUUAGACACAGAUAAGGAUUGUGAGGUUACUUCCUUGUCAUUACAAAGCCCCGGAUUGUCAAUGACUACACUAAUGAAUGAAUUGGAUAAUCACAUCCACCAGGUGUGUAAGCACAGAUGUGCAAAAUUGAAAACACAGCACUCAGGUGUGCUAUACAGUCUUGUUGCUUUUGCAGUUGCUCUUCAGAGUCAAAGUGUGUGUACUUUAUGCAGUAGUUUUUGUUUGUCUACAGAUUUUAUUUGUUCAAUUGAUUUCAGUGUUUGUUGAUUACUGUAACUGAUUAUGGCUAGAAAUACUGUAAGUAUUGAAAGAAAUACAGUACUUGAAAUAUUCAGUCUACAGCAGUCUUCAGUGUUGUACAGUGCAAGUGCAAGUUUAUAGACCUAUUUAUGUAGGCCUACACUUUCCCUAUGUCGAACUAAUUAUGAAGAAUGUUGUGGGUUUGUCACUAUUUUUUGGACAUCUAAAUGAUCCCUUACAUAACAAUGUCUGGGCAAAAAUCUAGCACAUGCUAUUUCCUAAAAUUAGCUUUUUCGCAAAUGUGUUUUGCAUUUAUCACUGCAGUGUUAAACUGGCUGCAAUAGUGUGAGGACUGUGUUUGUUAAAUGACAACUAAUAGCAUUUUUACAAAUAUGUGUAUAUGUUUUGACUGAAGUGUGUAUGUUUUGACUGAAGUGUUUCAUUUUGCAAAGAAUCUGGAAAUUAUGCAAACUGAGUGUGGCGUUUGGAUAGCUGUGCUUAAAUUUUGUUAAAAAGAACUGUAAUUCCU